AGAGCCCUUCACUGAAAUCCUGCCACCAUGCUGGGGCUGCUGCUGCUGCAGGUGUUGGCCAGCUGCCUCUGGCUGGGACACAGCGAGGUGGUGACACCCUUUGCGAGUUGUCCUCAGUUCUUCUAUUCGGAGACCCCUCCAAAUAAUGCCCUGAACCCACAGAACCCAGCCUGGAUCUGUCAGCGCUUCAGGAACUCGUAUCACUAUGCCACCCUGUAUGACAGAAACAGGAGAAUUCCAGUGUACUCUGCUUAUAUCUAUAAGCCUGGAUCUGGAAAAAGAGCUAAAUGGUGGUAUGUUGAGCCUCAGCUGAUCAACCCAACUUAUUCCAAGGAUAUAGAUACACAGAAGUCCAUCCGUAAUCGAUACAAGAUCACUCUACAGCAAAUUGGCCAGAGUCAGGCUAUCAACCAAGACUACAACAAGCUCCAGGGUUUGGACCGUGGUCACUUGAGCCCCAGUGGCCACCAAAGUGGCAACAACAGCAAGUGGGCUACCUUCACCCUCACCAACAUAGUGCCCCAGAACAGCGCACUCAACAAGGGCGAGUGGGAAGACUACGAGAGCCAAACGAUGGCUCGGAAUACCCAGGGCUGUAUAAAGACCUACGUGAUCACGGGUGCUGUGCCUGGGAACACCUACAUCUCCAAUAACAGGGUUAAUGUGCCCAGCCACAUCUGGUCGGCUGCCUGCUGCCAGACCAGCACCACCAUGAAGACUUGGGCAGUCAUUGCUGAAAACAACAUGAACCGGGUGCAGAAACUCACACGAUCACAACUGGAGGGCAACUUGACCCAGCUCUAUGGGAGGGGACCGGUUUCUCUGUUCCACAGUGCCUGUCCCCCCUAA